AUGGCCAGUAGUCGCGUCGCUCCCCUUCCCUCGCCAAUCUACCACCGCAACCCACCGCGAUCUCGAUCUCCGGACCGACCAAUCCCCGAUUAUGAACACACCGAUCCCCUCCUCGGGAGUCUGUCACCCGAGUCGACUCUCCAAGCGCUCGCCUCCACCAAUGCCGUCCCCAAGAACGAACGAGCCGCCCAUGAUAUCCUGUCCAGAAGUAUCGCUCAGGUUUCCCCAGCGGAAAGAGCCCUCGCAGUUCGCGCAGCAGUUGUCGCUCAAAAGUUGAAUCUGUGGUACAAGGAAAUCCAGUCAUGGAAUUGGCCGAAACAGACCGGUGAUGAGAAAGGAUUGGGCUUCAUCCCUCCGUCCGAUGCGACUGACGAGGAAUACUACGGUAGCCUGCCUGCCGCCAUGGUAGAGGAACACGAGAAGCGCAUUGAGGAAAUCCGAGAUGAAAUGGACCUGCUAGAUAUGGACGAGCUCAAGGAGCACGUUCUCAAUGCCCACAUCCCGGCCCGGUCUCGGCCCUCUUCGGCUAACAGUAGCUUGUCCAUCCCUCCUCAACUGUCUUACGUCCAAUUGAGCGAUUUCACUGCCGUCAUCACCGCCACCAUUCUCCGGGCCCUGCCUCUUUUAUCGCGCCUAACGAGCUUGCUCUCGAUUUGGGACGUUCGUCUGUUGGUUCUGCGACAGAUUCCCGUCUUGCUUCGCAGCUUGCGCCUCGCCCGCUCUGAGUUGGAGGCUGCCUUGGACCUCUUGAAGUCUUCCGAUCCUCCUAGCGAGAAGGACCCAUUGUUUUCCCGGUCCAACUAUCAUGCAAAGCGCUCCCACUUGGAAGCCACGGUUGUGUCUGCUGGUCGAAGAUUGGAUUGUGUGCUUGACGCUUUGGACGAGUGCGAAGAUUCUAUUCCCGACAGCUGGAUCGAUGACCUCGAAGGUAUCGAGGCGGAGUUUGGCUCUUGGACCAUGCAAGCAGAACAACGCACCGUUGAAAACGAAUGGCAGCGCAUGACACUCCUUUCGAAGACCAGCGCCAAUCUCGACAUAGAAAAGGACGUGUCUGAACAAUCGUCCACUGAUUCUUCUCGCGGCGAGGACCAAUCUCCAAACUCGUCUGCUCCUGUUUUACAGACAUGUCACACUUUUCCAAUGGAGACUAUCGACGAAGAGGAACUCAAUACUCCUGUCGAGGCCGCGCCUCCUUAUCGAGCACCGACUAGCCAGGAAGAUACGAGUGUGCAAUCCGUUAUCGAAGCGGCUCCCUCGAGCUUGGAUCGCACGGCUUCACCUGCGCUUUCCAAAGCG